CAACUUCGAAACUCUGUAUACUAUUGUCUGCAAAGCGCAUAACACAAUUGACCUUUCCAACAAUGACUCUCUCCUCUUGUAAAGCAUCUGCGCGCCUAUUAGUCCAGUCACCCCUCUACGAUUUCCUCAUCCCAAGCUUCACCCGUCAAGCUCAAAUCAAUCGCCCCAUUCACAACUUCUCAAACGCCACACGCCUCACCUCCGCAAUUCCUCACAACGACGCACCUCCCAAUUCUACCGCAGACACGAAAAGCCCUCAAACUCCAAAUCCCGAAAAUGAACCCAGAACAAAAUCAAGCCCCUCCCCCAACCCCUCCGAACCCCUCACAGAAGCCCAAAAAGACUUCCUCACGAAAGCAGNAAAAGCCCUCAAACUCCAAAUCCCGAAAAUGAACCCAGAACAAAAUCAAGCCCCUCCCCCAACCCCUCCGAACCCCUCACAGAAGCCCAAAAAGACUUCCUCACGAAAGCAGUGAGUCCCACCCCUCUCCCCCCUUCAUCACCAGUAUUGACCAGCAAACAAAAAAGCUACGAGUAAAUCAAGCCGGCGAACUAGCAGCAACGCUAAUCUACACCGCACAAACACCCCCCCUCACCAACUCCCACCCCCACCUGCGUCCCUUAAUGGCCCACAUGUAUGCCCAAGAAGCCUCUCACUUCCGCACCUUCAACACCCUCCUCGCAAAACACCGCAUCCGUCCCACAGCCAUGUACCCAAUCUGGUCCCUGGCCGCGACCGCAUUAGGCUGGGGAACCGCGCUGAUGGGGAAGGAAGCUGCAAUGGCGUGUACGGAGGCGGUGGAGACGGAGAUAGGGAGUCAUUAUAAUGAACAGGUUAGGGUUCUGCGGGAUAUGAUUCAUGAGAUGGAGAGUAAGGGCGAGGAGGUGGGGAGUGAUUUGAGGGAACUGGUGGAGAAUAUUAGGAGGAUACGGGAUGAGGAGUUGGAGCAUUUGGAUCAUGCUGUGGAGAAUGAUGCGCAGAAGGCGGUGCCUCACGAAUUACUUACCGAAAUAAUAAGAGCAGGAUGUAGAGGGGCUAUUUGGGUUACGGAGCGUUCAUGA